CCAGCUAUACAGGCUCCGGCUGGCCAUGUCAGCAAUCUUGUGGAUCCUGUUGGUGUAGGGUUUCGCAUCACCAUCACGAAUAUUGUUUGCGUAGUUCUUUUCAUGAUCGUAGUCGUUGUUCGCCUCAUUACUCGAGUAUUCCUCAAUAGAUCGUUUGGUCACGAUGACUCACUCAUUCUCUUCGCUACUGCAUCGUUCCUGGCCAUCAUGGGUGUUUUCCAAUGGAUGGUACAUCUAGGUCUAGGCAAACAUCUCUGGGACGUACCUCUGGAGAACUACUCGCCCUACUUCCUUCGAGCAUGGCUUACAGUAGCCGUACUAUACUCGGCGUGUAUGCUCACCAUGAAGCUAUCAGUACUCAUGCUAUACCGCCGCCUCUUUCCCAUUCAAAACUUUCGCCUCCAAUGGUGGUGUGCCUUUGGUUUUACUACAGCUUACAGUGUGAUGUUCAUCUUUGCAUCACUAUUCUCUUGCUCACCAAUCUCCGCUGCAUGGGACAUCUCAGUCUCAGAGCACAAAUGCAUCAAUCGCUCGGCCCUCUACAUCGCCUACACAGUCAUGAACAGUAUAAGCACCUGGUGGAUCCUCCUCAUGCCCAUGCCAAUCGUGUGGUCCCUCGCCCUCAAAAACGACCAAAAAUACCUUCUCACCUCUCUCUUCGCUCUCGGUUCUCUACCCUGUGUAACCAGUAUCGCGCGUCUAAAAGUCCUCGUCGACUGGCUCCACAAUGGCGCAAAUAACAAUGAUAUCACCUAUACCCUCUGGAACAUCGUAAUCUGGACCCAACUCGAACUCACCGUCUGCAUGAUUUGCGCCUGCGGACCCACCCUUCGC